AUGCCUUACUACGGCGUUAGAGUUGGGCGUCGCGUCGGUGUUUUCGAAAGUUGGUCUGAAUGUGAAAAUCUAGUGAAGGGCUAUACUGGGGCUCGCUAUAAAAAGUUUUCGUCAUACGACGAAGCUAAGAAAUUUGUUGAGGCUGAAGAUAACUCAGAGAACAUUCCUUCAAAAAAGCUCAAACUCGAUGUCGUAACUGACGGCCAGUCCAGUUUAGGGUGCCUCUCCUCGUGUGUGAAAGUCGCUGAAGAAAAUCCUGUUCAUGACGACGGAAAUCCAGGCAUGAUGACAUUCUAUCACGAUGCUUCGUGUCCACGACGCGUAAUGGUUUAUACAGAUGGUUCAUGCAAAGGUCCAACUGAUAAUCGUCACGCAGGUUAUGGUGUUUAUUGGGGACCCGACCAUCCAUGGAAUGUUUCCGAGCGUUUAGAAGGAGAACAGACAAACAAUAGAGCAGAAAUUGAGGCUGUAAUAUGUGCAAUUAGGCAGGCCAGAAGUGGAGGUAUAAACCACCUGGGAAUAGUUACAGACAGCAAGUUCACUCAAAGUUGUGCAACUGAAUGGGGUCCUCGAUGGGCAAAGAAUUCAUGGAAGUUGGCAAAUGGUGAAAAUGCUAAACUAAAAGAACCAGUUAAACGGUUGCUGGAAGCCAUCAAUGAAUCGGGGAUUGAAAUAACUUGGUAUCAUGUACGUGGUCAUAAAGGCAUUCAUGGGAAUGAAGAAGCAGACUCAUUGGCUAACAUUGGUGCUAGCAAACCAUUACCCAAGAAAUAA